AUGGCUUAUGACGGAUAUCAACAACAGCAUCAGCGGCCGUACAAUGGUCCAGCUGCUCCGAGGCCUCCGCCGCAGCGUCACUACCCUCCCGCUCCCCAACGAGGCCCUCCGCCACAACAAUACAAUGCGCCGCAGCAGUAUGACCAGUACCAAGAUGACUACGGCUACGGCUAUGACGAGUAUGGUGGCGGAGGAGGCGGCGACUACAACCAGGGCUACGACCGCCAGUAUGAUGAUAUGAACUACAGACAGGGACCACCCAACCAAAACUACCCGCCACAAGACUAUCCAGGCCCUGGUCCUAAUGGCGGUGGUAGAGGCAGGCCCAUGCCCAACCAGCGAGGGCCUCCGCCCAGACAGAUGACAAACGAUGGUGGACGAGGCCCAUAUCCUCCCCGGCAAGGGCCUCCGGGUCCAGGAAGGGGAGAUUACCCCAAUGGUCCGCCUGGCGGACGCGGUCGCGGAGGUCCUCUCGAUAGAUCGGCAAAUUCAGACCCGAGUAUGCACCGCGGCCGAGGACCCAUGCAAGAUCCGAUGAGCCCCCAGGAGACGGGAUUUGGAGGCAGCCCAUUUCCCACGUUUCCGGGUCAGAGCCGCAAGACGGAUCUGGAUCAAGAAGGUCAGAUACUGGAUCAGAUGUCUGGCUUGGACAUCUCGGGGAGAGGUCCCAGACAGAAUGGGCCUCCGCCACAGCGCGGCCCAAUGGGACCCCCUGGUCCUGGCUAUGGCCAGCGCGGGCCACCGCAGCGAGGUUUCACUCAGGACAAUUACGCGCACUCAGACCGAGCCCAGAGUCUGGAUCAAGGCUACGGCCCCUCGCGAGACUAUCCCGAUGAUGGAUACGGACCGCCAGGUCGCACAAUGACCAUGCCGAGCAUGGAGCCGAUGAGGAACAACCAGGGUCUUCCUCCGCGUGUAGACAGCGCUCCUUACAACGGACCUGCAGGGAGGAACAUGCCGCCGCGACCAUCUACAGCAUCAGGCAUGCGGCAGCCUCCUCAACGCCCGUAUCCUCCCAACGGAGGGGGACCGGCGUUCCAAGAGCCUCGCUACGGUAAUGGGCCAUCACCUCAAGGAUACGAUCAACAACAGAGGCCGGCCUCAUUCGAUAACUAUGAUCUGUAUGAUUCUUACAGUGAACCUCCUGCGAAUCCUGAGUAUCACCGAAGCCGGGGAUCACAAGCUUCAACUGCUGUCCCUGAUUUCGAUGCCGACCCACAACAGAUGCCGAGAAACUCGUUUGAUCAGCAUAUGCAGCAAGGAGGCCCGGGGCAACCACAGCGUGGGCCGAAUCGCAACCCCGAGCUCAACAAAACGAAAUCGCAGCCCGAUCUCCGGCAGUCCCAGCAAGCUGUCUUCGAGAUGGCCUCGGAUGCGCCACCAAUGCCAAAUGGCUUCCAGCAGCAGGGCUAUCCUCAGGGACGAAGACCAACAGCUCCAGGUUUGCCAACUGGGCCUGCACCUAUCAGACAACACAGCGGCGCAUCAAGCCGGUCCGGUGGUCCAGAUUCCCUACCGUCACAUCCCGCACCUGUCCGACCGGGUCUAAUGCCCAAUUCGCUCGUCAGCCAGAUGCCAAACAAGCCGGCCCCCGUCAGAAACUACGCAGGCAACACCCCGCCAGCCGGCGGCAUGCCUGCAAUGCCGCCUCCAGUGCAGGUGCAAGCUGCGCCAGCACGUACCGAGACGCAACAGCCAUGCACUCCUGAGCUGCUCGAGAGUCUCAGGAACACCAUCAAGGCGGACCCGAACGACCAAGAAUCGGCUCUCCUCCUUGCUAAGAAGCUCAUUGAAGCCAUGGAUGUCUUGGCCCCGGGAUUGCCAGAUCCCAGGUCACGAGGCAAGGCUCGUGAACGCUAUGCUAUGGAUGCGCACAAGAUAUUGAAGAAGCUGGCAAAUGCCCAAAAUCCUGAUGCCAUGUUCUUUAUGGCUGAUUGUUUGGGAAGGGGAGUCUUUGGUGGUGCGGAACCCGACAACAAGGAAGCAUUCACUUGGUAUCAAUCUGCAGCCAAGCUCGGACACGCCGCCGCGGCGUACCGCACUGCUGUGUGCUGUGAGAUUGGUAACGAGGAAGGAGGCGGCACGCGCAAGGACCCUCUCAAGGCCAUCCAGUGGUACAAGCGCGCUGCAACCCUGGGCGACACCCCGGCAAUGUACAAGGUCGGCAUGAUCCUCCUCAAGGGCCUCCUGGGACAGCCCAAGAACCCCCGCGAGGCCAUCAGCUGGCUCAAGCGGGCCGCCGAGCGCGCCGACGCCGAGAACCCGCACGCGCUGCACGAGCUGGGACUGCUUUACGAGAGCGCGCAGCCAAACGAUGCCUACCUCCGGGACGAGGCCUACGCGUUCCAGCUCUUCCAGCAGGCGGCGGAGCUGGGCUACAAGUUCAGCCAGUACCGCAUGGGCUGCGCCUACGAGUACGGGCUCAUGGGGUGCCCCAUCGACCCGCGGCUGUCCAUCAUGUGGUACUCCAAGGCGGCGAUGCAGGAGGAGCACCAGUCCGAAUUGGCGCUCAGCGGCUGGUACCUUACCGGCAGCGAGGGCGUGCUGCAGCAGAGCGACACGGAGGCCUACCUCUGGGCGCGCAAGGCGGCCAUGGCGGGGCUGGCCAAGGCCGAGUAUGCGAUGGGCUACUUUACUGAGGUGGGCAUCGGCGUGCCGGCCAACCUCGAGGACGCCAAGAGGUGGUACUGGAGAGCUGCUGCACAGGAUUUCCCCAAGGCUCGGGAGCGCCUCGAAGACCUGAAGCGGUCCGGUAAGAACGGCCCCAGGCAACGGGAGCGGAUCUCGCGGAGCAAGAUCGGCAAGCAGCAGGAGGGAGAGUGUACGGUGAUGUGA